CGGUGUCGACUUCCUCCGGCACAGAGAACCGUUGAAGAUCGUCCUGAAAACAUCUUCUCUGCGCCAACAAGAAAUCAUUUUGUGCUAUUUUACAUUUGGAUCAGUCUCGCUUCACCUUUAAAUCGAAACAAGAAAUCAUCGAUCGACAAAAACAAGUCAACGAGUUCAUCGCAAAUCGCCGACAAUUUUUACAAAUUUGGAUACACCUAACUUCGAUCCCCAAAACAACAUAAAGAUGAAGCGACGACUCAAUACCUGGCUCCUUCUCGCCGCCAUUUUGAUUCAGAGCGCCUACACUGAUAAGGUACCGGAUUCUUCCGUCCUGCCUCUGGAACACCGUGGUGUGGAUAUCAACCCCAUUCCGCUAGGAGCAGCAUCGAAUGCCAAUAAACGUCAGAUUCCACUUCCACCGAACUACAUCCCAGGUGGUCCUGGACUUUUGCCACCACCAGCCGGCCUUGCCAGUUACCCACCUCAGGGUGCACCUAUCGGCCCGGCUCCCGAAGAUCAGUGGCCCAUUGGCGCAGCAGCCGAUCAGCCGCAGAUCAAGAACUUGCAGGUCCAGUGCGAAAAGACGCACAUGCGCGUCAACAUUGAAUUCGACCGGCCGUUCUACGGCAUGAUCUUCUCCAAGGGACACUACAGCGAUCCCAACUGCGUCCACGUCGGGCCCGGUUCCGGCCAGUUGAGCGCGACUUUCGAUGUUUACCUCAACUCUUGCGGCAUGACCUCUUCCGCCAACCAGGCUGCUGGUGGUGCCUACGGAGCUCCCUCACCUGCUGGAACUUUUGUUGAAAACACAAUCAUCAUCCAAUACGACCCACUUGUUCAGGAAGUUUGGGAUCAGGCCCGCCGUCUUCGUUGCACCUGGUACGACUACUACGAGAAAUCGGUCACGUUCCGCCCAUUCGCCGUCGAUAUGCUCAACGCCGUCACAGCCAACUUCCUCGGUGAUAACUUACAAUGCUGGAUGCAAAUCCAAGUCGGCAAGGGCCCCUGGGCUUCCGAAGUCAGCGGCAUUGUCAAGAUCGGUCAGACCAUGACGAUGGUGUUGGCCAUCAAGGACGACGAAAACAAAUUCGACAUGUUGGUCCGUAACUGCGUCGCCCAUGACGGCCUCCGAGCUCCCAUUCAGUUGGUCGAUCAAUACGGCUGCGUCACUCGACCCAAGAUCAUGUCCCGCUUCCAGAAAGUCCGCAACUUUGGCCAGUCUGCUUCUGUUGUCUCUUAUGCUUACUUCCAGGCAUUCAAAUUCCCGGAUUCAAUGAACGUGCACUUCCAGUGCGUGAUCCAGGUCUGCCGUAACCAAUGCCCCGAGCCCAAGUGCGAUGCCGGACCCGGUGGUCUCAGCGGUCUCGGCGGUCCUCAAGGCGAUCUCGGCUACGCUGCUUCAUCCUCCAAGACUGUCGGAGUUGAUCCUCGCGUUCCAGGCGCUGGUGCUGCUCCUCCUCAAUCUCUCCCAGUGAACCGAGGUGGACCUCAACCUAACUACAAGAACGUCAACCGUGCCGGUGAAGCUGACGACUCCGAGCCUCGUCAGUUCCUGGGCAAACCUCGCAUGGUCUCUGAGAACGCUACCGAUGGCAUCCGUUCCAGACGCAGCGCUGAUGAACAGCCAACUAUCCUGCACGUCUACAAACGUGACGCUCAGGAUAUGACAGACGUGCCAACCACUCGUUUCAUCCAGGUUGUCGCUCCCGGCGACGUUGCCUUCACGCUGAACCCGAAUCAGAACGAGACGGUCGUUGUUCAGAAUUUGACCGACAUGGACGGCAACCACAUCUGCCUGUCUGUGCCCAGCUUUGUCGGUGGAUUGACCAUGCUUCUGCUGGUCCUCAUCAUCGCCUCGAUGGUGGCCGUCUUCCUUCUGCUCCGCGUCCGCCAGUUUGACGGCAAGGGCAAAUCCAGCAGCUCUAUGGCAUCGUUGGCCCACAUCGAGCACCCUGAAUUCGUCAAAAUCUCCAACUACAAAUAAGAGGAAACAAAACACAAAA